AAUGGGAAUGGAAGAUAAAAUGUUUCAGAAGAACCUCUGCACUGUAAACACGUUUAAUUUCUUCUAAAAAUGGAAGUUUAUUCCUACACUCCGUUACACUGUUUGCGUAAAUAGUGAGAGGAAAAACUAACAGCAAAAAUGAUCCGCACUGAGUGUAGAAGACAAUUCUGUAACAUGCAAUGGUAAUACGGUAAGCGGACACCGCGAUCAUGGGACACGUUUUGCCGUCCCGAAAAUUUCCUGCACUUCCUGUUUACGAAUAUUCUCCCUGUUUUCCUCUCCGACGUUGCUUUCAAAAAUUGCUUUUUAUUGGAGAGGAAGUCGACGGCUUGCCUAAUGAGCACUAUGAUUGGUUAAGACAAAGAUAAGCCCGCCUUUUCCGUCGUGUCUUUAACAAAUCAUUGUGCCCGUUUCCACCCACCGAGCACAUGAUGUCUCCUCACCCAGCAAGGUAGGGUGAGUCAUUGGCGGAAUGGAUGCAGCUACCCUGACGUACGACACACUGCUCUUCGGAGAGUUUGAAGAGUUCCCUGAAACUGCAGAUCCGGUGUGGAUUUUGGGCAAAGAGUUCAGUGCUCUCACAGAAAGAGAUGAGAUUCUUUCCGAUAUUUCCUCCCGCCUGUGGUUCACCUACAGAAAAAACUUCCCACCAAUUGGAGGAACGGGCCCCACGUCGGACACAGGGUGGGGAUGCAUGCUUCGCUGCGGUCAGAUGAUCUUGGCCGAGGCCCUGCUCUGCAGACAUCUAGGCCGAGACUGGAGGUGGCAGCGGGGCCAGCGACAGAGAGAGGAAUAUGUCAGCAUCCUCAACGCUUUCAUCGACAAGAAGGACAGCUACUAUUCCAUACAUCAGAUCGCCCAGAUGGGUGUUGGAGAGGGAAAGUCUAUCGGGCAGUGGUAUGGGCCGAACACAGUGGCACAGGUUCUCAAGAAGCUGUCUGUGUUUGAUUCAUGGAGCCGGAUGGCGGUACACGUCGCCAUGGACAACACUGUGGUCAUCGAGGAGAUCAAGCGACUGUGCAUGCCGUGGCUGGACUUUGCCGGAGGAGCUUGUGCAGAGGCCGACCUGGAGGGAGAGCGGGGGCUUAAUGGCUGCCUGGAGGGGGCUUGCGCCAUGGGGGUAGAGGAGACGGUGCUGUGGAAACCCCUGGUCCUGCUUAUUCCCUUGCGACUGGGCCUGAGCGACAUCAACGAGGCCUACAUGGAGACGCUGAAGCACUGCUUCAUGUUCCCACAGUCCCUGGGAGUGAUCGGAGGGAAGCCUAACAGCGCACACUACUUCAUCGGCUUUGUGGGCGAGGAGCUCAUUUACUUGGACCCCCAUACCACCCAGCCGGCUGUGGAGCCAUCCGAUGACGGCCAGGUCCCAGACGACACCUACCACUGUCAGCACCCCCCAUGCCGCAUGAACAUCCGGGAGCUGGACCCCUCCAUCGCAGUGGGGUUCUUCUGCAGAACGGAGGAGGACUUUGACGAGUGGUGUACGCGCAUCCGAAAGCUGUCCUGCAACCGAGAUGCGCUGCCCAUGUUUGAGCUGGUGGACAGCCAGCCGUCCCAUUAUGCCAACGCCGAUGUGCUCAACCUCACACCCGAUUCUCAGACUCAGACCGGCUGGAGCGGUUCUUUGACUCUGAGGAUGAGGAGUUUGAGAUCCUGUCGCUGUGAAGAGUGCUUUUUACUUGCAGAUUGGAAGAGGUUUUUUUUUUGGGCUAGAGAGAGUGGGGUUCCCUCGACCUUGCUUGCUUCAGCAGGCGAAGCUUCCUCCAACCAGCUACAGACUCUUUAUUUCACAUGCACCAUCAACCCCUAUGUUGUGGAAAAAAGGCACAGUGGAACUACCAUUGUUUUUCUUUUGUUUACAAUUUGCACACUACGUACUAGUAAUUUUUCUAUGAAAAACAAAAAAACAAAAAGUGACAGUUGUGCUUUAUCUUAUUGCUGUACAUAGAGCAGCAUUACUGUGUCCAGCUGAAACUUCCUUUUGCAGGCGUUGUCUCCUGUGAGGGCAGGGAGUGGACAGCGGGAUGGAUUUAGGAUUCCUGGCCAUGCAAGCAGAGUGACACAGUUGUUCUGAGUACCACACACACGCUGCGCAGAAGACCAUUUUUCUGUUCAGGGAAAGAAGUAGCAGGGCCACAAUCUCUGCUUUAAUGCCACAUACGAGUAACAUUUCAAGCCCCAUUUGAAAAAAAUUACUAUCGAUGCUAUGGAGACAAUGUGUUGGCGCCUUAUUAAAAUAAUUAAUUUCU